AUGCGUACUUAUCUUCUCGUAUGUUUACCAGCAAUGGCAUCGACGUGUGUUUUGCUGGCAGCAUUCGAUCGAUGUGCGUCCACAUCAUCACUUGAUCGUUGGCGGCGACUGAGUUCGAUUCAGUUUGCUCAGCGUGCUCUCAUUCUCACCAUGCUCUUCUUGUUACUCUUAGGCAGCUUUCAUUUAUUCAUAUUCGACAUUCGUAAUGGUACGUGUGCAUCAUUGCCUGGCUUUCAAGCAAUUAUAUCUUCGCUGUACGGUAACAUUUUCGUUGCUCUCCUUCCUCAUAGUGGCAUGAUCAUGUUUGGUAUCAUGACCUGGAAGCAUCUACAACAAUCCAAACGUCGUGUUGCGACUGUUUCCAUCCCUGAUGAUCGAAUACUUGCCGUUCAACGAACGAAUCGUCAACUGCUUCUCAUGAUAUUUCCAUAUGCGUUUCUGGCAAGUGUAAUAGAAGCUCAACGUACUGCCACGUACACAUACUCGAUGCUUACUAGUUCGGCAAAGAAGAGCGUGGAACGACAACAGAUCGAAUAUCUUAUUCUACAAGUGAGCGUUGUCAUUUAUUACGCAAAGUAUGGCAUGUCAUUUUACAUCAAUUAUUAUUUGAGCAUGAUGUUUCGAAAAACCUGUCUAGCAUCUCUACGAUCAUUAGCAAACAAGUGCUUAUAUUUAUGUAAACGUCAUGGCGCAUCACCAUAG